ACCGCGACGGCGCGCAAUCACGUCUGGACUCGGGCCGGGUGUGAUGGCAUCACGUGACAGGAUGAGCAACGUGCACGGAGGGAUGACGUGCGUGAAGUACCUGCUGCUCGCCCUCACCGCCGUCUUCUGGCUCUCUGGCUUGUUGGUCCUGGCUGUGGGACUUUGGCUGCGCUUUGACCCUGACACUGUGCAGCUGCUGUCUGGAGAUGAAGCCCCACACACCUUCUUCAUGGGCGCGUACAUGAUGCUGGGGGCCACAGUGCUGAUGAUGCUGGGGGCCCUGCUAGGAAGUGUGGGGGCCGUGAGAGAGUCUCAGAGUCUUCUGACUUCAUUCUUGGUGUGUCUGCUGAUCAUAUUUGCUGCAGAGAUCACAGCAGGCGUGUUUGGAUUCAUCAACAAGGAACAGAUAGUGGAGGAAGUCCAAAAGUACUACAGCACGUCCAUCAGAGACAACACCAGCAACAUUUCAGUCAUCUAUCACACAACUUUGGGUUGCUGUGGAGGAUCUUCAUCAUCAUCAUCAUCAAUGCUUUGUGCGCAUGCUCCUCAGGAGACGAAGGACUGUCUGAGGGCCAUCACAGACUUCUUCAGCCACAAGAUGCUCCUCAUGGUCUACAUGGGCACGGCCGUGGGAGGAGUGAUGAUCCUGGGGAUGAUCUUCAGCAUGGUGCUGUGUUGUGCCAUCAGACACAGCAGGGAGGUCAUCUGAGAAGACCACCUCUGACCCUUGAACUCACAUGACAUCCCACAACCUCGCAGCCCGCUUCUGCCUAACACCAGUUCUCUGCUUCUGGGACUUUCCUCACUUCAAACACCUUUGGGACCAAAUGUUCAACCAUGUCUUUAGAACUCACCUUUGGGACCAAAUGUUCAACCAUGUCCUUAGAACUCACCUUUGGGACUGUAUGUUCAACCAUGUCCUUAGAACUCACCUUUGGGACCAAAUGUUCAACCAUGUCCUUAGAACUCACCUUUGGGACCAAAUGUUCAACCAUGUCCUUAGAACUCACCUUUGGGACUAAAUGUUCAACCAUGUCCUUAGAACUCACCUUUGGGACUAUAUGUUCAACCAUGUCCUUAGAACUCACCUUUGGGACUAAAUGUUCAACCAUGUCCUUAGAACUCACCUUUGGGACUAAAUGUUCAACCAUUACCUUAGAACUCACCUUUGGGACUAAAUGUUCAAUCAUGUCUAUAGAACUCACCUUUGGGACUAUAUGUUCAACCAUGUCCUUAGAACUCACCUUUGGGACUAUAUGUUCAACCAUGUCCUUAGAACUCACCUUUGGGACUAAAUGUUCAACCAUGUCCUUAGAACUCACCUUUGGGACUAAAUGUUCAACCAUGUCCUGAGAACUCACCGUUGGGACUAAAUGUUCAACCAUGUCCUUAGAACUCACCUUUGGGACUAAAUUUUCAACCAUGUUCUUAGAACUCACCUUUGGGACUAAAUGUUCAACCAUGUCCUGAGAACUCACCAUUGGGACUAAAUGUUCAACCAUGUCCUUAGAACUCACCUUUGGGACUAAAUGUUCAACCAUUACCUUAGAACUCACCUUUGGGACUAAAUGUUCAAUCAUGUCUAUAGAACUCACCUUUGGGACUAAAUGUUCAACCAUGUCCUUAGAACUCACCUUUCGGACUAAAUGUUUAACCAUGUCCUUAGAACUCACCUUUGGGACCAAAUUUUCAACCAUGUCCUUAGAACUCACCUCUGGGACUAAAUGUUCAACCAUGUCCUUAAAACUCACCUUUGGGACCAAAUGUUCAACCAUGUCCUUAGAACUCACCUUUGGGACUAAAUGUUCAGCCAUGUCCUUAGAACUCACCUUUGGGACCAAAUAUUUAAUCAUGUCCUUAGAACUCACCUUUGGGACCAAAUUUUCAACCAUGUCCUUAGAACUCACCUCUGGGACUAAAUGUUCAACCAUGUCCUUAAAACUCACCUUUGGGACCAAAUGUUCAACCAUGUCCUUAGAACUCACCUUUGGGACCAAAUGUUCAACCAUGUCCUUAGAACUCACCUUUGGGACUAAAUGUUCAACCAUGUCCUUAGAACUCACCUUUGGGACCAAAUUUUCAACCAUGUCCUUAGAACUCACCUCUGGGACUAAAUGUUCAACCAUGUCCUUAGAACUCACCUUUGGGACCAAAUAUUCAAUCAUGUCCUUAGAACUCACCUUUGGGACUAAAUGUUCAACCAGCAAGA